UAUCAAGUUCAGGCGGCAUUACGCUAGGGAGUAGCUGUUGUGAAAAUCUUUCCGAAAAAGCUCUUAGAGACCAUCUCAAUAUAUGGUUAAGAUUGCUGUCUUUACUAAGAAGUAGGCCUAGUUUUGAUGUGUACUUCCAUUGUACAAGUAUAAAAUUAAAAGCUUGAAAAAAAGACAUGUUUUCAGCUAUGUCAGAGUAUGGGCCAUUGAUAGCUGCAGUGAUAGCCCCACAUUUGGGAGGAUUAGCUGGAGCUUUUAUUACCAAACGAGAAGUUCCUGAGUGGUAUGAGACCUUAAGAAAACCUGAUUGGCGUCCACCAAAUUGGAUGUUUGGACCUGUUUGGGGAACUUUGUACACUAGUAUGGGUGUUGCUUCCUACCUUGUCUGGCGAGAUGGAGGUGGUUUCAGUGGUGAUGCUAAACUUCCACUGGCACUUUAUGGAACACAAUUAGCUCUCAACUGGGCAUGGACUCCAAUAUUUUUUGGAGCACACAAAAAGGGCAUGGCACUUGUGGAUAUUAUAGCUCUGUGGGGUACUAUCGGAGGUUGUAUCUACACCUUUUGGUCAAUCAAUCACAAAGCAUCAUAUCUGAUGAUUCCAUAUAUUGCGUGGGUUACAUUAGCUUCUGCCUUGAACUACUGUAUUUGGAGAGAUAAUAGGGAUAAAAAAGACUGAUUUCAAGAUCUUUCAUUUUAUGUCUUUUUUUGUUUUAAAUUCUCCAGAGAUAUAGGUUGUUAAAAUUAUUGGUGCAUUAUUAAACUUUUAAUCAUAUACUAUCUUUUUUGAAUGUAUACUGAUUGAAAAAGAGCUAAAAUUACACUGUUUUCAGACAUCCCAAAUUUAAGGGCUAAGAAUAAUUUUUGUACUUUUGAAAAUUUUGUGGAAAUAAAAUGUUUGAGGUAUGAA